UCCGUUAGCGCAUGAGCAGCUCCCAAACAUUAUAUUCAAAGUGGUACCGCACUAGUGACUGGCUCACACUUCAGUCGCCCCGAAGAGUCGCCUCAGACAGAAUUCCAAGUACAUCAGCUGUGCACCGCGAACCGGGUUUUCAGUCCGUCAAGAUACCUGAUCAUGGCCCAGAGAACUAAAUUAUUCACGGCUUCUUUUAAUUGUUUAAAAAACAGUAACAAUGCCUACUCAACUUCGCUCAAAAAUAUCUCAUGGUGGGGUAAGGUCGAGAUGGGGCCUCCCGAUGCCAUCCUUGGUGUGACGGAGGCGUAUAAAAGAGAUACCAAUCCUAAGAAAAUCAAUUUGGGUGUUGGAGCCUACCGUGACGACGAUGGAAAACCUUAUGUGCUUCCCAGUGUUCGCAAGGCAGAGCAGAUCAUUGUGUCAAGUGCACUGGAUAAAGAAUAUUCAGCAAUCGGUGGAAAUCCUGAGUUCUGCAAGCACAGUAUUAAUUUUGCUCUGGGCGAGAAUAAUGAAAUAGUGAAAAAUGGUUUGAACGCUACAGUACAGGGUAUAUCUGGAACUGGUUCUCUCCGAAUUGGAGCAGCUUAUUUGAGCAGCUUUUUCCCUGGUAGUCGGGAUAUCUACCUACCAGCACCUACAUGGGGCAAUCACGUGCCACUAUUCAAGCACACUGGAUUUAAUGUAAAGACUUACCGCUAUUAUGAUCCAAAGACUUGUGGAUUCGACUUCCAGGGAGCGCUUGAAGACAUAUCCAAAAUUCCUGAAAAUACGAUAAUCCUACUCCAUGCUUGUGCCCACAAUCCCACCGGUGUUGAUCCUAGUGCCGAACAAUGGGCUGAAAUUUCGCAACUCGUUCAAAAGAAGAGGCUGUUCCCAUACUUUGAUAUGGCUUAUCAGGGUUUCGGAUCUGGUGAUGUAGAUAAAGAUGCACAAGCUGUACGAUUGUUCGUCAAAGAUGGGCACACUCUCUGCUUGUCCCAAUCAUAUGCCAAAAAUAUGGGAUUAUAUGGUGAACGUGUCGGUGCAUUCUCAUUGAUUGCAUCAAGCAAGGAUGAAGCUGCUCGCACGAUGUCACAAAUCAAAAUUUUGAUUAGACCGAUGUACUCAAAUCCACCAAUCCAUGGCGCGCGUAUUGCCAAUACAAUUUUGUCAGACCCAGCUCUCAAAAAGCAAUGGCUUGUCGAACUAAAGGGUAUGGCUGACCGCAUUAUAGGAGUUCGUACACAGCUUCGUGAUAAUCUUAAAAAAGAAGGAUCCAGUCGUGACUGGGCCCAUAUUACAAACCAAAUUGGUAUGUUCUGUUUCACGGGACUAACACCUCCUCAGGUUGAGAAAUUGACGAAAGACUUCAGUAUUUAUCUAACCAAGGAUGGCAGAAUAUCAAUGGCUGGGGUUACAUCAAAGAACGUGGAAUACCUGGCGCAUGGCAUUCACGAAGUGACAAAGUAGUUUGUAACUUGGUCAAGAUUCAUAACCAGAUGAGAUAUUUAGAGAUUUCCAGCAUUUCAAAUAUACAAUGUAUAGAUAAAUUGAGUGGAGUAUGGCUACGAUAUUUACAUAAUCAAAUUGCCCCUUAGCCUGUAUGACCAUGUGCAUUUUAAAAAGAAGCAUUUAUCUCUGUUUUGGAUAAAAAUUCAAGUAUCACUGCAGGCAGUGUGGUGAAAACAAAAAGAUAUUUAUAUACUGUAUUAUACACAUUAUUACCAUAUUUGCAAUAAAAUUCACAUAUUUUAAUCACA